AUGGAAAAAAGAGGUGAAUAUAUUGUUGAAAAAUUAAAAGAAUUAGAUUAUAAUAAAGCAAACGAAUUGGUAAAAGUAGCUUUUUCAAAUGCAGAACAUUCAGACCAUGACGAACAUAAUUUAAUUCAACGAUUAAGAGGAGAAGAAUUAUACAAUAAUGACUUUGAAAUAGUUGUUAAAGAUAAAAAUGAUAAUAAUAAAAUUGUUGGAUAUGCUCUACUUUCAGAAAUUAAAAUUUGUAAAAACGAAUCAACUCCACCAUUUAAAGCAGUUUGUUUAGCACCAAUAGCUGUAUUACCAUCACAUCAAAAACAAGGGAUUGGAAAACUGUUAAUGAAGGAAAUUGAAGAAAUUGCAACUAAAUAUAGGUAUCCUGCUAUAUCCAUCUUGGGUUCUCCAAACUACUAUUCCAAAUUUGGUUAUGUGCCAUCCUCCAACUUUAAUAUAAAUGCAACUUUUGACGUGCCAAAAGAAUACUAUAUGAUUAAACCUUUAUUUGACAACUCUUUGUCAAAUAUAGAAGGUUUAGUUUAUUAUCAAAAAUCUUUUGGGAUUUAA